AUGCCUCGGCUCACUAUUCAAAACAUUCGCUUCCGGCCCACCAAGACCAUCCCCAGUGGUCUGCAGGUCUCCGGCAGUACCCGCGAACCCGCGAGCGAGAAAACCACCAAGAUUUGCAGGAGCCGCCAUGGAUGUCGCGAAUGUCGACGCCGCAAGGUCAAAUGCGAUGAGACGCGCCCGGUGUGCUCACGGUGCCAGAAACGAGGGUUGGUCUGUUUCUCCGACCCCCACUCGCCCCCGAGUGUCUGGCAGCUGGAACUGCCCUGGAUAUUUGCUCACGCAUCAACCGACAAGGUGGCUCAGACCUCGAAGCCUAAUAGCAGCCUCCUGCAGUGGUGGUUUGACACCGCCUGCCACAUCAUGGUCAUCGACCCGCAAGUUAACCCGCUGUCUUACCCAAUGAUGGAGCAUAUCACGGCUUCUGAGUCUUUGCUUCAUGCCAUCCAGAGCAUCAGCGCUGCCCACCGGCGAUUUUUCGACAGAGAUAGCCGGGUGGACUGCCUCAAAGAACGUGACCAAGCCCUUCAACUGGUUCAGGCCGAGCUCGGGUCGAAAAAGGUAUCGCUCCUCGCGUCGUUUUUUACAAUAUUCAUCCUCGGCAUCUCGUCCCCUUGGAUCGACGAGAGUGUCCAGGACUACGGUCUGGAGCAUUUUCUCGGCGCUCGUGCUACCCUCGACAUUAUUUUAUCAGACCCGGCGAAUUGGACAGAUCCCACAGUCAGGGUCAUCACCGGAUAUUACUUGUUUUGGGACAUGGCCAUCGCGCUUCUUGGUGAACCAUUGGAUCUCCCUGCAUUGGAUACUGAUGACAUGAGCGCAAUCGUGGAGAGCAUGCAAGAUUAUUGCCAUCCCAUCGCGGGGCGCUCUGCCAAGAUCUUCUAUUUACUGGGCUUGGUAGGCCGAUACGUUCGUCGGGUAAUGAGCGAUGGGAAGAGAGAUCUUUUCUUUGAGAUGAAUACAGAAGACGCCUUACUGGUGUGGGAACCCACAGAGGUCAAUACUCACGUUAGGUCUCUAUGUAACUCUUUCAGGAGUCAAGCUUUGAUACUGCUCUACCAAGUCCGAUCAUUCUCACCACUCCCACUUCUUGAGCACCAGGAUCACAUCGAGGGUCAGAUUCAUUCACACGCCCUAUCUGCUGUCAGCCAAUUGCUGGAUACGCCUGUUACUCAGCACUGCUUCAACAUUCAGGCUAUCCCUCUGACCGUGGCAGCUUCCGGAUUGAAGUCAGCCGACUCAGACCUCCGACAGCAAGUAGUCACGCGCCUUAAAGCUAUUUAUUCAACCAGUCGGGUCCGAACGAUUCUGCUUGCUACUUCUCUUCUCGAAGAAUUAUGGGAGUUGCAUGAUGCUGGAGUGCAUAUCACCUAUGUUGAGCUGAUGCUUUCGAAGAAUUGGAAACUUACACUUGUCUAA